UUGUUUUCUAAAACACGUCGGAGUCGUCGGUCGUCGAACCUUUAUUCCCUUAUCUGUGGUCGAACCGGUCAAACCUGUGUUUGAGAGGCGAAGGUGACUGGCCUAGGUCCACGCCGAGGAUGAAUUGUACAGGCACCCUGCUUGGGCGGCCCUUUUGACGUUUCCCGUCUUUGGUUCUCUUCUAAAACACUGGCUGCAGCUGCACACUCAGUGUUCAUAUCCGCACUACGACAACGUGUGAAGCUUAUUGGUCAAAAGUCGAUUUCCACCUGCUGCCUGGACGUUCAGCUGCUAUAGCUCCGGUUAAAAAUGACGAGUCAAAAGUGGGGUAUAACCCAAAAGGAAUUUGAAGCUGUCGUGCUUCAAUGUCAAAGCACAAGAGAGCUAGUUAUGUUGGCACGCAAGGAAUCGUUGCUAAGAACCAUUGAUACAACUUUAAAGUCUUUGGCACUGAAAGCAGCUGUGUUGCUGCUCGUAGAGUCGGAGGAGGUUCCAGUUAACCUGCAUUUAUUAGGUGAUGAUCUGAAAACAGAAAUGAUGAGAGAGAUUUUGAACCUCUGCGUCCCAGACUACGGUGACGAGUUCAGUAGGUGCCCAACAGUGAUGCCACCCUGCGUCACAAGUCGAGAUGAGCUGCAGAUACAGGAUAUCAAAGUCUUGGAGGCUCCACCAGUUGCAACAUUGAGGCAGUUAGUCAACAAAGAACUGAAAGAGUUCGAUUACAAACUGUUGAAACCAUAUAGUGAUAGAGCUAAGGAACGGUUCUGGAAACAUUUAGCUCUAGCGGCACCUGAUUUACUGACUAUAAAACAUACCGGCGUUGUUGAGCACGGAACUCCACUCAACAGCCACAAAAUUGUCAAAUACACUUCACAGUUGAGCGAGCUUGUGCACCUUGACUGCACCAUGUGCACCCUUUCAGACAAGGAAAUCCGGUCCAUCGUCAAAAACUGCCCCAAGCUUCGAACUCUCCGCAUGCAGAUUUCUCCAGACUUUACUGAAACAGGGCUGAGGUCUUUGGCGCAUUUGGGCUACUUGGAGGAGCUUUACAUUGGGAAUGAUUUCCACCAGGAAAUCCCACUAGGACCACACAUUCAGAAGGCCUUUGUGAAGUUGCCUUGGUUGAAAAUGGUCUGGGACCUGUCCAUUAGUGAUUAUCCCGUUAAAAGGAAAUCCUCCCAAAGUGAAGCCAUCGAGAGGCCCCUUCUAAGGUUGACCAAUGUGAGAAAUGUCCGAGGUUUAGUAACAGCGUGUAGCAUUGGAGGCAGCGCGCACAGCUUGGAAAGGAUGCCAAGAUUGCUUCCGAAUCUGAAAAGCGUGCAUGUCAACUAUAAUCUCAAACUUGAGGCCAGGCUUAGUGGGGAUCUUCUGAAGCAAAUGCCUCACUUAACAGCCCUCCACGUCUUUGGGUACGACGAGGACGAUCUCACUCUCCCCGUCUUAGAAAAGGUCGGCCCUCAACUGGAGGUACUCACUUUGCGCGGCCUAAGCAGGUACUUGGACGUGUAUACGGUGCUUUCAGAGUGUCCGAACUUGAUCGAGCUCAUUGCCGUGAUGGGCAGAUUGCCACCACCUGAGCCUCACAAACUGGUGCAGCCACUUAGGCUGGAGAAAUUCUGCAUUGAGUGUGGAUACACUAAAAUGGUUUACUGGGACAUUUUAUGUACUCCGAGUUUAAAAGUAGUUUGCUUGGAUGGGUUAGUGUUCUCUCCUCCAGGGCCUCUUGAGUCGCACCUCGCCCUUGAAAAUUUGACUGCUUUUGGCUCACAGUUCAUUCUGCAGUCUCCCUCUGAUGUUAAAACUCACAAUGCCUUCAUGGCCAAUCUGCUCAAAAGGUCGGAAAAAAUCACAAAAUUUGUUUCUAUUAUUCAUUGCAAAAAGUUGAUUGGUCUGGUGCUGGCUAGUUUCUUUGGAGACCGAAAGCUACACAGAAAUGCUAUUGCCCAAGACGUUCUCUUUUAACCCUCAGCAGAAAUGAACAUUUUUUUCUUUGGUCUUUGUAACCUUCAGUCUGCGCCUUCAGUGAAUAAAAUUAUAAAUAAUCUCAGAAUCUGUAAAAUGGUAAUGAUCCAUUAAAUUGUAUGGUCUGUACGUUGCGAGAUGAUGUAAAUAUAUGUGGCUGCACAUCUCUCUAUCCUCAACACGUUUAAUUAUU